CCCAAAAAUCUCCCGCUGCCCCAGUUGCAGGGCAGGAUGGCUCAGGACAUGACGGAGAAGGAGCUGCUGAAGAUGGAGCUGGACCAGCUGAAGAGGGAGGUGAAGAACGAGAGGCAGAUGGUGUCCAAGACGGGCAAGGAGAUCAAGGAGUACAUCGAGUCCAUGGCGGGCGAGGACCCGCUGCUCAAGGGGGUCCCCGAGGACAAGAACCCCUUCAAGGAGAAGGGGGGCUGCGCCAUCAGCUGACCCCCGUGCGCCCCCAGGACUCCCCCUCCACCCCUACAGCACCUAGAGAGCAGCAAAAGAAGAAAAAAAAAAAAAAAAAUACAAAAAAAUUCAAACCAAACCCGACCCCGCCUCCCGCGCUGCCGCCGGGGCUGAGCUUUG